GCAGUUUGUUUAUUGCAAGUUUUUUCUUCCACAUGGCUUGGUGUUUGUAUCUUGCCUCAGCCUUAGUUGGAUUUGGAGCCUCUUUGUUUUGGACCGGUCAGGGUAAUUUUCUGACCAUCAAUUCAGACUCUGAAACAAUGUCAAGAAAUAGUGGUGUUUUCUGGGCUUUACUGCAGUGCAGCUUGUUAUUUGGAAACAUCUUUGUGUAUUUUCAGUUCCAAGGUCUGUCUGAAAUCGAUGAACGUUCUAGAUUUGUUGUAUAUGGGGUACUUCUUGGUAUUUCAUUGGCAGGUGUUUCACUUUUACUGUGCCUAAGAAGUAGCACAAGUGAUUCGGCUACACUCACAGACCUUACCAGUACUGGGUCAGAAAAUGUUGGAGCAUUGGUGGAACUUAAAAAGGCCUUUACUUUGUUUAAAUCCAAAGAAAUGAUACUUCUUGCUAUUACAUUCAUAUACACUGGUAUCGAAUUAUCAUUUUUCAGUGGUGUGUAUGGAACAGGUAUUGGUUUCACAAGACAGUUUGGAAGAGAUGCUGUAAAAUUUGUUGGAAUCUCUGGAAUUUGUAUAGGUGCUGGAGAAAUUACAGGUGGUGCUAUUUUUGGAAUAUUGGGUAAGAAAACAAACAAGUAUGGAAGAGAUCCAGUUGUUCUGCUAGGCUUCUUGUGCCACAUUGUUACUUUCUAUCUGAUUUAUAUAAACCUCCCUUCAGAUUCAACUCUUUAUCUAGCAAAGAAACCACCAGUAAUACAAAGCAGUGUCUUCCUUGCAAUGGUUUGUGCAUUUGGGUUGGGAUUUGGUGAUGCUUGUUAUAAUACUCAGGUGUAUUCAAUAUUGGGUUCGAUGUAUGCAGAUGACAGUGCACCAGCUUUUGCCCUUUUCAAAUUCUUUCAGUCUAUUGGAGCUGCCGUUGCCUUUUCCUACUCCACUGCUCUAGAAUUGCCUUCUCAACUUCUAAUUUUGGUCGUAUUUGCUACGAUUGGCACUGCUGCAUUUUGGCCUGUGGAAUGGAAUGAAUACGAGAAACUUGCAAAAGAAAAAGCGAAAAUAAAUCUAAAGGAAAAAUUGUGAUUGAUUUUUAUACAUAAGUUGAAUCUUCUUCCAUUUAUCUGUAACAACUUCCUUUUUUAUUUUAGUUUAAAUGCGCAAUGAACAUUUUUAUAAGCGUACGGAAAUUUUUCCAAAAUUUGCCAAGUAUUUCACGUAAAGUGUUGUUCUUUUAAACUGAGUACUAUAUUUUUAAGCUAUUAAGAGUUUCUAUAAUGUUUCUUAGACAUGUGGUGUAUGUAUUUAUCACUAUUUUUAUUUAUUUAGCUUAGCUUUGUUGUAGGAUAGUUGUGCUAUGCAACUGAGUUUAUUCUUGCCAUAAAAUUUAGAGUUUCUUCAAAAUUUAAAAUGCAUUUUGUUUUCUUUUUUUAGUGACAUUAACAUCAAUUUUGAUUAUUGACUUGACUGUUUCUGGUCGGAAAAGUGUAUUUCAAUUUAAAUCAGCUACACAAAUUCUUCUGAAGAAACCAUUUGCUAAACAAAUUAUUCAUGGUCCCUUGGAAAAACAAAAACAAAAAAUAGUUUGGGUUUUGAAAUAAGAUAUAUACUUCUUGAUAGUAGUAGUGAUCUAAAUUGUGUAACUUUCUUUUUUAUUUUAUUUUAAACUGUUUUUAUGCAUUUGAAUGUCUUUUAACUUGUGUGCAUCUGUAUUCGUCUUUACAAAUACAUUCCAUAGUUUUAACAUCUUGAAUGAAUAAUUCUUAAUGCAUAGGAAACUUGCAAAAAAUUAUCUGUUGUUACUCUUGUUUCUCAAGUCUUGAUUUCAAUUUCUAUGCAUUUAGUUAAAAAAAAAAAAAAAAAAAAAAAAAAA